UGGCGGCCCGCAGCUGCCACUCGCGGUGCCCGCGCGGGACCCGCGGGAAGGGGGCGGCGCUGCGCUUGCCCGGGAACCCCGGCUGGAGCCGCCCCUCUCGCGCCAGGGUUCGGGGGGCUUCCGGGAAGACGCCAGGCCUCCCUAACAAGCAGAGGCUGCUGCGGCUCCCUCGCGCCAACCCCGGGCGCUCACGUGCCCGCUCGCUGUGGGACCGUGGCAGUCCACCACAUCUGGGGACCCAGGGAUGCGUGAAGCUGGAGGGGACCCUCGAGUCUUCUUGCUACACAGCUGUCUUGCUUUUUCCUACCCCGUCCCCUCCUCACCCCGCGCUCCUUGCAUGCCUCCCCAUCCCCGAGUGCAGCUGGGUGUGAGGCUUCGUGGCGUCUUUCCAGCCGCCUUGCUAGUGUCUGCUGUUUCCACUGCUUUCAGGCCCGGUCGGUGAGCGGGGUUCCCUUCGUGUGUCCUACGGCCGCGAGAGUUAAAGGCCACCCCAACCUCCCGCGGGGCCCUGAUCCCCGGCGUGCCGGCGUCCUCCGCCCCCUUGCCGUGUGCCCCUCAUCAUGACCGGCUCUGCCGCCGACACUCACCGCUGCCCCCACCCCAAAAUCACCAAAGGCACCCGAUCCCGGAGCAGCCACGCGCGGCCCGUGAGCCUCGCCACCAGCGGGGGCUCCGAGGAGGAGGACAAAGACGGCGGGGUGCUGUUCCACGUGAACAAGAGCGGGUUCCCGAUCGAUAGCCACACCUGGGAGCGGAUGUGGCUGCACGUUGCCAAGGUCCACCCCAGAGGGGGAGAGAUGGUAGGCGCCAUCAGAAACGCUGCCUUCCUGGCUAAGCCUUCAAUUCCCCAGGUCCCAAACUACAGGUUGUCCAUGACGAUCCCAGACUGGCUCCAGGCCAUCCAGAAUUACAUGAAGACUCUACAAUACAACCACACAGGGACCCAGUUCUUUGAAAUCAGGAAAAUGCGACCUCUGAGCGGGUUAAUGGAGACAGCGAAGGAGAUGACCCGAGAAUCCUUGCCUAUCAAAUGCCUGGAGGCAGUCAUCCUGGGCAUCUAUCUCACCAAUGGGCAGCCUUCCAUUGAGCGGUUCCCUAUCAGCUUUAAAACCUACUUCUCAGGAAACUACUUUCACCAUGUCGUGCUGGGGAUUUACUGCAACGGUUACUACGGUUCACUGGGCAUGAGCCGAAGGGCUGAGCUGAUGGACAAGCCGCUGACCUUUCGGACUCUGAGUGACCUUGUCUUUGACUUCGAAGAUUCCUAUAAGAAAUACCUGCACACGGUUAAGAAGGUCAAGAUCGGGCUGUACGUCCCCCACGAGCCGCACAGCUUCCAGCCCAUCGAGUGGAAGCAACUUGUCCUCAACGUCUCCAAGAUGCUGAGGGCUGACAUCAGGAAGGAGCUGGAGAAGUACGCCAGGGACAUGCGGAUGAAGAUCUUGAAACCUGCAAGUGCCCACUCUCCAACCCAAGUGAGAAGCCGGGGCAAGUCCCUGUCUCCACGAAGGAGACAAGCAAGCCCUCCAAGGAGGCUCGGCAGGCGAGACAAAUCAAUUGAAGAGAACUACACUGUCGUUGACGGCCAGGUGGAAAUAACCGGGGCCAAGAGCCAAGACAAUCGGCCACACCAGCACCUUCUUCUGCAUCCAAGGAAGACAGCUGUUAGACAGUUGCCUGCUCUGACCGAGAAGAAGGUGGCUGACCUCGGCACUCUGAACGAAGUGGGCUAUCAGAUCCGGAUCUAGCCGAGCCAGGCCGGCCAGGCUUCUAUGGUGCUCUUCUCUGCACUUUACCCAGCAGCUUCAGGAGGAACUGCAACUUGUGGAGUUUUGAUUUUGAAGGAUUUACCUGGAGAUGGAAUCUGAGUGGGUUUUGAAAACUCACCGGGCAGCAGGCAUGACUGGGCUGAAGUGAUGGGCAAAGCCCUGGGUUGACUGACUCCCUCACUCAGGAUCCUAAGAACAAUGCUGACUGCAGUUUUCUACUUUUCUCCAUUUGCCGACUCUUCUGCUUGCUUUGGACAUUAUGCCUCAGCUCUAGAAACCGUUUAUGGAGUUCCUCCCACUUUUUGGUACAGCAGGCAACUCAGCCAGUAUUACUGUCUCCUCAGCAAUAACAAGCAAAGAUGGGUGGGUUUUUUUUAAGCAGUUGAUAUUACCUCAACAUUUUGGCAUCAGAUAUGCAAUCUUAAUGAGUUUUUUAUAUUCUAUUUGUAUUGUUUCCUAUAGGGAUCUCGAUGGUUUGGUGGGGGUUUUUUUGUUUUUUUUUCUGGUUCACAUGUGAGAUGAGAUUUAAGUUGUUAUAUGCAAAUGCUUUAGAAGCACUCAAAUUCUGGCAAUAAGGGAAUAUAAUCCGCUUUGGGAUGUUGGCGUCACUUUUCUUAAAGCAUCUGCCGACAGGUUUCCUUCUAACAAGCACGCUGAGGAGCUCGGGUCCAUGCAGUUGCUGACAUUUAAGCCUUUUCUGAGGCAAGCAAAAGGCACAAGAGAUCAUCUGCUCCCAAAAAAACGCAGCAGUGCUGAGACGUCCCAGACAGCCUCGGUUCCUAGUGGCUCCUUGUUGUUAAUGUGUUCUGCUGUCUCACAUGAAGGCAAACAUGAUGGUGGACUGUUUCCCAGGGGCUUGUCUUUAGGUACUACGUCACGGCAUCAGGAGGUGCUGGGGGAAACCAGGACCUCGUGGAUCGAGCCUGUCGUGAAGGGAAAGCGUUCCAGCACAGUGUCGUGCCGCCGUGUCAGUGUCACCCGUGCCGCCGUGUCACCCAGGCCCUGAAGCACAGCCCGCCUGCCUGUGGCGACUGCAGCGCAGCUUCUGCUUGCAGACCAUGGAGAAGGAAACACAGUUUCAAGUCAUUGAUCUUAGUGCAGUCACCAUGCCAACUCAGGACAGAGGACCGGCUUCAGCUGGAUUGCUAGCCCCGAGAGCUCAGCAUGCCACCCUCUGGCUGUGACUGCGGCAGAGCUCCAAGUCAACCGUCUGCUUAUGGAGUCUUUGCCAGGAAACCUAGGGCCAUAUGGAGGGCAAAACCUCACUCCACCCUUAAACCAGUAUUAUUAAUGAAAAGUCGUUUUCUUGGAAAAGCUUAGUGUCCUUUAGCGGUCAGGACCCGGAAACUAAAACCGAGUGUAAACUUCAAAUUCUGAACUCAAUGGCUUUCUUCAAGAAUCCUAUGACUGGAGUUCAAAGUGAGUUAUGGGGCCUCCACAUGUCCUCACGAGCUGCUACCUGUUGUCAGCCUCAGGGCAGUGUGCAUUUAAAUGUUCCAAGGAGCAAUCUGUUAAACUAAAGCCACCGGGCAAAGUGCCUGCAACUGCCUGUGUUCAAGGACAGCUCCCAGGAACAGAGCGCCAAACAGCGGGACAACCUUGUUGUGUGGCAAGGGAAAGAAGAGCAGCUGGCUGUGACACUGCCCUUGUAAUCUCUCCCACAACUACUUUCUGAUUUUUAGGUUCAUUUUUCAAGGCAGAGUUAGUCACAGAAACAUCUAAAAAUGUUUGUCUUUGUCACUCAAUUUUACUGCCUGUAGUUAAACUAACUCCCAAAAAACCAGAAGGAAGCCCCGAAACACCUACAUUCUAAUGCAAUAGUUUAUUGGGAUAAAAAGGCGGCAAAAAUGAAUGCAGCACGUCUGACCUCUCAGACUGACCUUUCAGCCUGGCUGUGAUGAAGAUGAAAACUGACUUGACAGGAACAAUUAUCCUAUGCACCAUGACAAGAUGCCCUGAGCUGACAAGUUUCAAGCUGACUGCUAUUGGUUGUGAGAGGUGGCCUGGGUGUUUUCUGCACACGUGGGAGCCGUGAGCACACCCCUUUCCUUGAGUCAGCUGUUUCAUGGAUGUCCUCAGCAGACAUGGGUAAGCAAAGGGAAGCCUUUGCAGCCCUCCAGCUCACUAUACAAGGCUUUCCUAGGCUAGACUUUUAUGUACAACCUUGUACAGUUUUUUUGACAUACACUUCAGAUUCUUGUUUAUUCUCUUAGACUUUGAUCUGGCCAAUACAUUUUUAAAAAAUCUUUCUGAAGAACCAUAAUUGUUUUGGUGGGUAUUUUUCUAAGUAUGUGAAGACUUGAUGGUAUUCUACAGAACACCACAAGUGCAUGCUUCAGGCUCGACGACUCUCUCUCAUCAUGUGUCCACACAGCAUGGAACUGUAAUAAAACCGUUCUGGAAACUGAA